CCGUUCUAUGAGGUCGUUUUAAUCAUGAAUUUGCUAUUUGUAUUAAAUUUAUUAUUCGCCUCUAAUGUUUAUUGUGUACGUAUUAAAUACGAGAGAACUCAUUACUGGAGAUUGUUCGGUUACGACAUAGACGGGGUUAUAUAUACGACUGAUUCCGACUACGAACACAAAAAUGGUUCAAUCUUAUUCCGGGACGAAAUAUUGGAAGAACACGAAAAGUUUCUAAUUCAAAAGAAUUUGGUUCCAAACCACGUCGCCUUCAAUUAUAAUAGUGUAAUAGUAUCUAUUCCGAGGACGAGGCCAGGUAUACCAUUCACAAUCAACAAGAUGAAUACUUACAACUUCCGUAAAAACAAUUACAGUCCAUUACUCAUGCCUUAUCCUACGUCGAAAGAAUCAGAAAACAUUAUAUCGGUCUACAAAACUGUCGAAGACGGCUGUGAAAGGUACUGGUUCGUCGAUACGGGGUUCAUAGAUGUACCUGGCGUCAGAAGACAAGCUGGACCGGCCAGGAUUUAUAUUUAUAAAUAUCGUGGCGAUAGCAUUAUUUUCAUGGCCGACAUUGACCCCAACGUUCUCAAAGACGGAAUAACGGCAGGUCUUAGGUCUCUGACGAUCGACUACAUAUUCCCUUGUAACGAAACCUUCGCGUACAUCAGUGACGAUAACGGUGACGCUGUCAUUGCCUUUUCGUUUGAGGAAAAACGUUUCUGGAGGAUCGAACGUCAAAUCACUGGAAGCGAAGCUUGGACUUUCCCUAUACCGCAAUCCAUUUUACUGUACGCUGAAAACGUUAUAAGAUACAGGAAAAGUCCGAACGAGACAUUUGUACAUUAUUCAGAUAUUUUGAAAAAUACGAAGAUUUCUCAACGUUCCGGCCAAGAUGUGACCGUGGAUCUUAGUGAAAGAAAUACAAAUCCAAGUGGAGUUUUAUACGACAGGAAUUAUGACGGCAACAUUUUAUUUUUCACGGAUGAAUCUCGCACUAAUCUGUACUGUUGGAACAUGGACACGCCGAUGGAUGAAGACAACGUUGAACUGCUCACUGAUAUUUCCAGGGACAACGACUUUUACAUAAGCGCUUUAGAUACAGUAGGGCGAGGAUUUAAUUUCAUGGUUAAUAGAUUUAGAGGCUUAGUUGACAAUAUUUAUGAUGGGAAUGCAAUCAAUUUCGCUGAUUACAGCAUCGACGUAGAUGAAAUGUUGAAUAAUACAAAAUGCAACAAACCAACAAGAUGUUCAAAUUUCAUUGACAAUUGGAGAAAUAAAAUCCAGCGUUCUAUCGGUUCAACGAAAUACAUGGUUAAACAUGUA